GCUGCAGUCAAAGCAGCUGAAGUGUGGGUCCCUCUCAGCUAUCAAAACUACCUUCAUCCACAGACAAGAUGGCUGACAUGGAUGACCUGUUUGGGGACCUGAUGGAUCAGAUGGAUCUCCUCUCACAGAGCAUCGAAGAAGAGGCAGGUCAAUUUCAGAGCUCUGACACCAUCGACUCGAUUGGCUUCACCAAUCUGAAUGCCCAGUCUCUGGGUGAACUGGAAGAGAGCGACCUGGAUACCCUGGUGGCGCUGCUCAAUGCGGACCUCAAUGUGGCUGAGGCUCGGCUCAACCUCCGCAGCACCUCACCGCAACCUCCCAUGGAGCCCACCAUAUCCGGCCAGCUGGCUCUACAGGUCCCUUCCCCACACCAGGCUACUGAAAUUGAAGUUGCAGCACAGAAAAAAGCAGAAAAAAUCAAAAUGGCUCUGGAGAAACUGAAGGAGGCCAAGAUUAAAAAGCUGAUUAUUAAGGUGCUGCUCAGCGACGGCAGCUCCAAGACCCUGAUGGUGGACGACAGACAGACGACACGUGACGUGCUGGACUACAUGUUUGAGAAGAGCCACUGUGACUGUAGCGAGGAGUGGGGCCUGUGCGAGACCAACCCACACCUUCAGAUAGACAGAGCUUUUGAAGAUCACGAGCGUCUUGUGGACUAUUUGUCUACGUGGAGCAGAGACACGGAGAACCAGUUGCACUUCCAGAGGAGGUUGGACAAGUAUGCCAUUUUCAGAGAGCCCCAGAUGUUUUACUCCUGGAAAAAGAAAGAAACUGGAUGGAGCGAAAAGCAGAAACAAUACUUAAUAAAGGAGAGCUUUCAGGGCCCAUCAGUCAGUGUUCCAGACCUCGAGGGUGCACUAUUCCUCAAAGAGAGAGGCAAGAGGACUUGGAAACGCCGUUACUUCAUGCUACGGGCCUCUGGGAUCUAUUACGUGCAAAAGGGGAAAACUAAGCUGUCCAGUGACCUGGCGUGCUUUAUUCAAUUCGAGCAAGUAGAUGUCUACUACAGUCACGAUUACAAGCACAAGUAUCGAGCCCCCACCAAUUUUUGCUUCGUCCUUAAGCAUCCGCAGAUCCAGAAGGAAUCCGACUACAUCCGCAUACUCUGCUGUGAUGACGAGCACAGCCUGGGUCUGUGGGUGACCUCCAUCAGAGUUGCCAAGUAUGGUCAGCAGCUGUACAGGAACUACCAGACGGCAGUGCAGAGGGCCUCGCGCUACACUACAGGAAAUGGCCAACUGUCACAAUUCACCACACCCGGCAUUGCUGCUUCUGCAGUGAAGUCCAGUGGAAACCAUGCAGUAACACCUUGUAGCUUACCCGAACACUCUCCUCCCCAGACAAGGGACCAGACACAGAGUCAAGGCCCUGGCCAAGCGGAAUACUUGGAGGAGGAUGGCCUCGAUGAGCCACCACCUGACUUUGUGCCUCCAUCACCCCCAAGGCAGCACUCCAAAUCAAGCCUGUAAAACACCUCCCUCCACCCAGCCAGCCAGUAUACGUCAUGGGUGAUGUAGAGCACCAUGCCAGACCACAUCAGACUGAACAUCAAUUACAAUGCCAUGCUGCUGCACCCUGCUGGUGGGAAGUGGCUCCCACAAAUCAACAUGGCUUCCAGAGGAGCCCAGAGACACAGAGGCGAUUCUAGUGUCAGUGGAGGCCCCAAGCAAAAAACCAAAGGACCAAAAGCAAAGGACUGAACAUUUGAAAAAAAAAAGCCAUUUAAAAAAGUUGAGCUGUUGUUAACCAUCUAGUGGCUUGGGGGCCCUAAGCGGCUGCCUGCCUAGUCUGGUGACAGGAUAUGCCUCUGCAGAGACACAACCUGAAGACAAGGAGAGAGAGUGGGCAACCUUGGCUUCUGAAGCCUAUAUCCAGAGCCACAUAUCCCAAAAGACCUAAUUUUACUUGUCUAAUGUCCCUAUUUGGACAAGUCGGAAGCAGAACAUGUUACAAAUGUGGACAUUCAGAAUGCAGGCUGCCCAUCACUGGAGACGGAAAUGGCAGUAUAUGGACUCCAUAUUCUUUCAACUGUUCCAUCAAACACCUAGCCUGGUUCUCAUGCAGAUGGAUGUAUCUCAUCCGCUCACGAAGUCGAGCGAAAAUGCGUGAAUGAUCUGCGUGAGAACCAGGCUAGCAAACACCAGGUUUCAUUGUUAAAAUGUUAACACUGAAUUAUAGAAACACCUUCAUUUAUUUAUUAAUCUACUUUUAAGUGAGUUGCAGUAACAAGAACGGAAACAUUCUGCAACCCAAUUCAUGUCGUCUUUCUUUGUGCUCAUAAUAAAUAAGAUAAUGACUAUAUUAUAUAAUAAUUAUAUUAACUAUAGUGGGAAAUGCCAACCCUCAUGAUGAUGCAUGAUGAAAGACACGUACAAACAAAGACAUGUACAGGGAAGCUAUUUAUUAUAAAAAGGACUGUACAUUAAUUGAGAAAACAUAUAAUAUAUACAUAUGAAUACGUAAUGAA